CACUCGAGGCUUUCAAGUGAAUCCGGAAAAGCUGAAACAAAUACAAACCUCAAAAUGAAGUUCGCCCUGUUCUGUGUAGCCUUGACUGUUCUGCUGGCCGUGGCUCAGUGCGAUUCGGACUUCCGUCAGGUAAUGCAAGAGUGCAUGCAGAACAACCAGGUGACCGAGGCUGACCUCAAGGACUUCAUGGCCAGCGGAAUGCAGAGCAAUGCCAAGGAUAACCUCAAGUGCUACACCAAGUGCCUGAUGGAGAAGCAGGGCCACCUCACCAAUGGCCAGUUCAAUGCCCAGGCCCUGCUCGACACCCUCAAGAACAUACCGCAGAUCAAGGACAAGAUGGACGAGAUCACCUCGGGGGUGAAUGCCUGCAAGGACAUCAAGGGCACCAACGACUGCGACACGGCCUUCAAGAUCACCAUGUGCCUGAAGGAGCACAAGGCCAUGCCAGGACAUCACUAGAGAUCCGAAUGCAGCGCAGUUGUCCUAGAAAGUUGAUUGGCAGAGUUUGCACACCUCAGGUGAAUGUUGUGAAAUAAAGUUGUUCAUGUUGCACCAAA